UUUGUUUUUUUUUUUUGUUAGUUGCAGAGAGGUUUCCUCACCGGCGCGCGAGCUGAGCUCGAGGUGGGACAGGAGGAAGAGGAGGAGGGGAAAAAAAAUAAUAAUAAUAAAUAGGGGGUACCCGCUUUCCUCGCGCCGGCGGGUCGGGAAUCACGCGCCAUUGGAGGGGGUGCUCUCGCCUCAUCUGUGCGCACACACACACACACACAUGCGUGUGAGCUCGCUGGCGUGGCUUUCGGCCUCCAUUUGCGAGUUUAUGUUCGAGGGAUUGUCGGUUGAGCGACGCCGCCGAAACCCCUUGGAGUUUUACCGGGGAGGCUGUCGUCCGUCCGCCCCCGCUGACCACGAGGGGAACCGGGAAACGAGGCGUCGCAGGGAGACCUGCAACUUUUCCAACUUGGAACCAAAUGCAGUGGGAUUUAGAUAAUCUUGGAUGAUGUCUGCCUCCAAUGCAGAUCCUGCACCACUGAGGGACAGCCACGCAGUGGAGGAGGAUGAGAAGGGGGACUCGCUUCGUAGACCCCUGCCUGCUCCUACCUCCAUCCCAUGUCCUUCUCCAGCCUUUCCAGCUAAAGCCAUACUUAGUUUGACUGACACCAGCAGUGAGAGUAAAGCCGUUUCCAUGGCGAGCACUGAUAGCUGCCCAGCUCCGUCUUUACCUGCUGAAGCAAGCCCAGCCAAACCUGCUGUAGAAUGUACCCUCGAAGGAACUUCUCAAGGAACUACCUCACAGAUAUCGCCUGCUUCGGACGGGUCAAAAAGCGCAGGGACUGGUGUCAUUAGCAUAUCAAACUCACCGUCUUGGUCGUCUGCAUUGUCACUGAACACAUUUGGAUAUUCAGACACUGAGAAGAACUUCCCCCCAGUGAUAACCAUGAAGGGUGUGAGCGUCACUUUGGAAAACAAUAGUGUGUGGAAACAAUUCUCUAGCUGCGGAACCGAGAUGAUCCUCACCAAACAGGGACGCCGCAUGUUCCCCUACUGUCGAUACCGCCUGUCGGGUUUGGACCCCGACAUGCCGUACAUGCUGGUUUUGUCUAUAGUUCCAUCCACUAAGUACAGGUACCGCUGGAACUCGUCCAAAUGGGAAGUCACUGGACAAGGAGAACACUUGAUCCAAGGUGUGAUCCGGGCUUUUUCACACCACUACUCGCCGUGUAAGGGCUCGGACUGGAUGAGCAGCUUGGUGUCCUUCUACAAGCUCAAAUUGACCAAUAACUUCCAGGACCAGGACGGUCACAUCAUUCUGCACUCCAUGCACCGGUACAUUCCGAAGCUCCACGUCGUUCCUCUCCCUAACGGGGUCUUGCCCAAAACAGACCAGCCUGUGCAGAUGGGACCGGAGAGCUUGACCUUCACCUUUCCCCAGACGGAGUUCAUGGCUGUGACCACAUACCAGAACUUUCGCAUCACGCAGCUUAAAAUCAACCACAACCCAUUUGCAAAGGGCUUUCGGGAAGAGGGUAUCAACGGUCGCUGGAAGAAAGCUAUGACUGAGCCCUGCGCGGUGGUGAACAUCGACACCCAGCAUGCUGAGGUUAAACCUGCUGAACACAGCGAGGAUGAGGAGGGGACAGAUCUCAGCUCGUUGAGUAAGAGUGACCCUGUUCCUUCGUCGACCGCUCAGCCAACCCGACUGGUUCUGAAGCCCAUCAUGUCCAACCCCACUGCUGAAGGGAAACCUUACGUCUCCUGCUUACGAGGCAGACUCUCGCUGGGUGAACUGGUGCUGGUCCAGAAACCGGCCAACGACGAACCCAGCGAGGAGCACGCCACCUCUGAAGCCGCCACAGAACAGCAGGAAACAAAGAAAUGGGCGCAGAGAAUGCCAUGUUCAUCUCGUUAUCGAAGGAAGAAGAAGAGGAUCAAUCACCGUUGGGGAAAUCCCAAAGGAAGAAAUUACAAAGCGACUCCAGUGCCGGCUGUUGUUCCUUGUAGUCCGUUGCUGCAGCCAGAGCUGGACGACAUUGACGGUCUUCUUUUUGCGUCUUUUGUCUCGAAGGAAGCUCUUGAGGUUCAUGUAGGUGACGAGUCACACAGAACCCCAUCUCCAGAACCUCCAGGUUCCUCAACACCAAUGCAGCUAGAUCAAUCCAUUGAUGAGAUCCAAGAGACUGUGGAGGAGAGCAUCACUCGCUUGGAGCUGGCACUGCUGGAAGAGCUCAGAGUUCUCAAGCACAGACAGGUUAUCCACCCUGUACUGCAGGAGGUGGGCUUGAAGUUGAGCUCUUUGGACCCCUCUUUGUCUGUGGAUCUGCAAUAUCUUGGGAUCAGUCUGCCUUUACCUUCUGCAGACCUGCCUGAACAGAUUAGCAGAACCUCUGUGUCUCCCGUUGAUAAAGGACACGCCUUCAUCUCCAGAACAGGAAAGACGAGUGAUAUGACGAAGAUUAAGGGGUGGAAAAGCAAAUUCAUCAAAAGCAGUUUAUCGCUGCCGUCAAGCUGUGAAGGAUUACCAAAGAACCUGUCUGCCUUCUGCAGCAACAUGCUGGACGAAUACUUGGAGAGCGAAGAGCAGCAGAUCAGUGAACGCGCUGCAGCUUUUUCCACCGAAGCAGAAGCUUCUGUGUCCUACCAGCUGCCGGCCAAGAGCUCCAGCUACGUGAAGACUCUGGAUAGCGUUCUGAAAAGUCGAAGCGCAGCCUCCAGACUGUCAGCGGGGGGCAGCAGGCCCUGCCCCCUGUCCUACAAACUUCAACACUCGUCUGCAUUGUCGUCCACGCCCGCUGCUGCCCGGCCCACAAGCCCCUGUCAAGCAGAGGUCCAGUCCAGAUCCGCUCAGGCCUUUUCCGGUUCUGAUCCUGGCAGUGUUUGUCAGAGUUCAUCAGCAAAGGAAGCAGCCGUCGCUCUGGGACCGCCGCUGAGCUUCAGCCAGAUCCAGGCCAUGUUCCACAAACCUUCAGGCCUCACCAAGAUCCAGCUCAAGCUCCUGGAGAUGGAGAUGGAGGCCUUGAACCGAGGCCUGAGGAGGACACAGCUGACUGCAGAGAGAGUGACCGUGGCUCUGUCCUCCAUGCAGACUGAACAGCUGCCGCCCAAACAGGAACCCGACCCUCCAGAGACCAAAUCCAUCGGACCGGUCUGUGGGAAGGAGUUCUGCCGGCUGGGCUGUGUUUGUUCCAGCCUGCAGCAUGUGAGCAGAGGCCCCCUCCACUGCAGGAGACCCGACUGCAUGUUCGGCUGCACCUGCUUCAAACGCAAGAUCACCAAGCAGCAGCCGAGCCAGGAGCGCGAGGAGCAGAGCCGCCCCGUUUACUCCGUGACCAACAUGGAGCUCGCAGAGCAGCCUCGUCCAGGCGCCCAUUCUCAGAAACUGUGGCGUCAAGGCGGCUCUGAGGGGGAUCCAGAACCGCUGUUUGUUCCCAGAGGUGCUCCUCCUCCCAGUGCUGGACCGUCCAGGAUCGUAAAGCGGGUCGUUCCUCGUCCAGCCGAGCCGAUCCGAGAGGAGGACAAGGACCCGGUUUACAGAUACCUGGAGAGCAAGAUGACUUGUGCUCGUGUCAGAGAGCUGAACAGCAAACCUCCUCCUGUAAUGGACUUUGAAACCAGCGUCAUGGCUGCUGCUGCUUCUGCACCAAAGUGCACAUCCAACCCGCAGGACGGCAGCCAUGGCGUGCCUCAAAACCAUCACGGCGCUGCCAUGAGCACGAAAAAAGAAGAAGAAAAGUCGUCUCGGGAAGGCGGGGAGGCCAAAGCCAGGAAGCAGAUCCAAAUCCAGUCAGAGUGUGAAUGGAAGAAUGACUGCCAAAUGGUCCUGGAGGGUUUGUGUGAUCGCAUGAAUCAGAACCGCCUCAAUCAGCCUUUCUUCAUCGGGCCGUACCACAUCAGCCCCAUCACCAAGAUCCUAAUGCGGAAACCCAGCGGCUCCAUCAUCACCUACAGGAUCCGAAUCAGUAGACCAUCAAAUACCACCAACUGUGAUGAAGAGGAGUCUGAUGAGUGUGUUGAGCUGAAUCCCAGCUUUUCUGAGAACCCAAAGAAGGAAACUGGGGGGCCGAGCGUGCCCUGUGGGGUCACGCCCUUCAUGAGUGGAAUCACAGCUGCUGGGAAUCUGAUAGCCAAGAAAAAACCCUUUGGCGGUCAAGGAAACGGACUCAUAAAGGUGAACGGGAAGCAGUAUAACCACGCCAGGCUGUUGCUAGGUUACAUGGGAGCUCUGCAUCCCGUCAACCGGCUCGCCGCCUUCGUCACGGGUCGAGCGCAGAUUUCUGUUCCGAAGGUCUCUGAGAAACCAGAGUCUGCUCCCAGAACCCACUCCGCCGGAGGUCUUCAACUGCAUGCUGGGGGCACAACGGCCCCCCCCGUUGUCAACAACCAGCCAUCCGCAUGCCCUGCCACUUCCUCUCAGACAUUUAAACCAGAAGCUUGUAACAAAGCAUUGAUAAACUCUCCUUGGUGUUCACCAAGUCCCAUGAGCCACAGCCCGGUUCCGUCCUCCACUCCGGUCGAGCCCAGCUCCAGACCUUCGCCCGUGUCUCUCACCGUGUCGCCAUCUCUGAAGAGCCCCAGCUUCCUGGCUCAGCGAGGAACCUACUCGUUCAGGAUCUGUCCGCCCUCCAACUUGCUUGGUGAGGGUAAAAAGCAGCGCGGCGUUGCCCUGCCUGGAGGCUUCACCCUCAUCCAGCUCCCAAAACCCAGAGUGGAUGAGGCUGCAGGACCGGUGGGACCCCCAAAUGGCAACAGCAGCGGUAACCCUCCGAAAAGCAGCACCGCGUCUCGCCUGGACCACCUGGCAAAAGAGUGGCUGGGUGUGGGCUCCUUAGAUAAAGUCACGGACCUCUCAAGGCUGAUCUGUGAUCCAAAAACGCGGUUGGAGGAGUCCAGUCGGUCUCUGGAGGAGGUGGAAUCCAACAUUUCAGUAGAAGACUUGAGUUCCGACUUCUCCAGCUCUGGAGAAGGAGAAGACGACGAUGAGCCGAUCGACAUCGAAACUGUGGAAGAAGAACACGAGAAGACCAUCGUUAUGAUGAAGGAAGCUGCUCUGAAGACGCUGCUGGAGCUACAAGAUUACAGCUUAGCAGCCAGGGAGCGCUACAAACAGACCAUAUCAUCAUCUUCAAGUCCGGCCUCUGACCAGGAAGAAAACAAUUUUUUGAAGAGCAACAGGAAACGGAGGAAGCACACGAAGCUGGAGAGGCUGAGGCGUUGCGAACAGCGAGCGCUCUUUGAAAAACUCAAGACUGUCCUGAACAGCCACCCCAAAACGCCCAAGUACCACCUUCUGUCUCUGGCUGAGAAAGAAAUACGUCUUUUGGAAAAAAACACUAAAACUCUGAGAGAAAAGAAGAAGAAGCUGAUCCAGAUUCAGUCUGAGUACAUCAGGAAACUUUCCCGUUUGUCAGGACGCUCAGAGAUUUCGUUUCACAGCAAGUUACAGGAAAUGUCCAAUCGGCAUAAAAUAGAGAAGAGGCUGGAGUGGAACGCGCUCUCCUCCACGAUUCUGCGCUCCAGCCCCGCCCCCCUUAACGCCCCCCCACCGAAGGCCGACAUCCAGCAAGACAACAGCCUCCCUUCUCACAACAGGACGCUUACUUUUUCUCAAAACGGCUUACAACAGCUGCUGUCCGUCCUUCACCCGACACAAAACCUAGAAAAGGACAACGCCCCGCCCCCUCUACCAACGCCCGUCCCGGAGCAGACUCACCAGGACGACUCCGCCGCCGCAGUCCGAGUCGCUCCACCGCCGCUGAACGACAACCAGACGCCUGCGAGCGUCUGCUCCAGCACCAACCAGGACCAGCAUCAAGCCCCGUCCGACAAAGCUGAAGGUCAGACGUCCGGGCGGAGCUCCGCCACCAGAACCAAACGCUACUCCCUCAUCAGACCUACGCAGACUCCUCUUCCUCUGGUUCGCUCCAAAACCGGCAGAAUCAUACUCCCAUCAUCUCUGAGGCCAAUUGGUCAAGGUUUUUACACGCUCAUGGUCAUCAAACCCAAGCAGGACACGGACGAGGCCGGUUCUUCUUCUGACCCCGGCCGGUCCAGGACUGGACCAGAGGACGUCGCCGCCUCUGAUGCUGCCUCCUCAGACCCAGACCCGUCUUCGGGCGGGAAGUUCCCCCUCCGUGAGGUGACCUUCUUUAAUAAGUCCGGCACUGGGUCUCUGGCGGGUCUGAGGGAGGUGAGCGAGCGGGACGCUGGGGCGAGACCUGCUCAAUUGCGCUUCAACUCCCUGCUUCCCUACGAGUGGAAGCCGGACCCUGGAGCCGCCCGCCCCCGCAGAGGCCGGCCCAGAAAACAGACGUUUUCAAACGGCCGAGACGUGGCGAUGGAGACGACUGAAAGUCUGAGCGAGACGUCCGCAGCCGCCACAGAGAGACCGACGCACGGCGUCCCGACGGAAAGGACGGGGCCGCAGGAGACCCAGGGAGGGGGGGUUUUCCACGUCCCGGACAGGCCGGCCAAAAAAGGCAGAGGAAGGCCGCCGAAGAUGAAGUCAUCGCAGCCUCGAGGUUCAGUCAGACGGGUGUCGGAUUGUCGGUUUGAAACCAAGGAGGACAGCCCCGUCAGAAUAUCGGCCAGCAGACUGAAGGGCUCCGAUUCGGCAGGACUGUCCCGGCCGCUGACCCGGGGCUCCAUGGGGAAGGACUUCCCCAGCGCAAAGAAACGCUCCUGGGAAGACAUUGAGAAGGAGCUGGACCCCGAUCUGGAGUUUGACAAAGAUCAUGGUGGAGACCCACACCUCUAGAACCUUCUGGACUCUGAAACCGCAUUAGAGCGGCGACAUGCUGGAUGUACGUUUAAGGUGACUAUGCAUUACAGGGAUGUCAUCUUCAACGUGUUGUUUUAUUUUUAAAUUGACCUUUUCCUGCAGUUGGACAAGAAAAAAUGAUCAGACCCCAUUUCUCACCGCAUUAAAUAUUGUAUUACUACUGUUAGGCUGUAACUACUGUAGUUGCACUUUAAAGGUCUUGAAACCAGAAAGACGUCUUUAUUUUUCAGCUUUAAGACACUUGAAGCGAAACCAUGUCGCCUUUUUAUGGAGCUUUCCUAUAGAAUAAAAUGGUCUGCAUGUGUCCUUCACUAUGCUGUCUUUCUUUUGAUGAAAUGUUUCAUUUUAUAUGGAUUGAAUAAAUCAAGCUGUAAUGAA